GCGCAUGUGCAUGCGCGGCCUGACUGGUCCCACCCCUAAUGGGAGCCGGACGGAAGGGUACGCGCAGGCGCGGUCUGCGCUCCACCUGCCCCCCACCCCCCCCCUUCCUAGUGGCCGUCGACGGAUGUGAGGGAUGCAAGAUGUACAGUAGGCGAGGGCCGGCGGCGAGACAUGGCGGAAGAAGAUAAAGCGGUUCGCAUCUUACAGAGCCUGAGGGGCAAAAUCUGUGAAGCCAAGAAUCUACCUCCAUACUAUGGUCCAAACAAAAUGCGGGAUUGUUUCUGUACUAUAAAACUGGACCAAGAAGAAGUUUAUCGGACAAAGGUCGUUGAUAAAUCUUUAAGUCCCUUUUAUGGUGAAGAUUUUUACUUUGAAAUUCCUCGAAGUUUCCAGUAUCUCUCCUUUUAUAUUUAUGAUAAAAGUUUCUUUCAAAAGGAUGUGCCUUUUGGUAAAGUAUCAAUUCGAAAGGAAGAUCUGUGCAAGUACAACUGUCAGGAUAGCUGGUUUGCACUGCAGCUUGUUGACGCUAACUCUGAAGUUCAGGGAAAAGUUCACUUGGAAGUAAAACUUAAUGAACUUAUCACAGAGACAGGAUCAGUUUGUCAGCAAUUGGUAGUACGGGUAAUAGAAUGCCAAGGACUUCCUCUUGUAAGUGGACAAAGUGGUGAUCCCUAUGCCUGUGUUUCUCUGGUUGGCCCUUCUAGGUUGGAUCAAAAAAGAACCAAAGUAAAGAAGAAAACCAGCAACCCACAGUUUGAUGAAACAUUCUAUUUCGAAGUAACAAGAAAUAGCAGUUACACCAGAAAAUCACAUUUUCAAGUUGAGGAGGAAAAUAUUGAAAAACUGGAAAUCAGAGUUGAUCUGUGGAACAAUGAAAACCUGGUGCAAGAUAUUUUUCUUGGUGAAAUUAAGGUUCCUGUGAAAAUUUUAAAGAAUGACAAUUGCCACCGGGCAUGGUACUUACUGCUACCAAAGGACAAUGGAAACAAGUCUGCAAAAUCAGAAGACUUGGGCUCACUUCGACUGUCUAUAUCCUACAAUGAAGAUUAUGUGCUCCCCUCUAACUACUACAGUUCUCUUAAUGACUUGCUGCUAAUGUCAUCAGAUGUUAAGCCUAUAUCUGCCUCAGCAGUUCAUAUCCUGGGUGAGGUGUGCCGUGAGAAGCAAGAAGCUGUAUUGCCACUUGUACGCCUGCUUUUGCAUCACAAGAAGCUGGUUCCUUUCCUUAGUGCCAUAGCGGAGUUAGAUCUUCAGCAGACACAGGAAGCCAACACUAUCUUCAGGGGAAAUUCUCUGGCCACACGCUGUAUCGAUGAAACAAUGAAACUCGUUGGAAAGCAUUAUCUGAAAGUGACUCUGAAGUCCACUUUAGAUGAAAUUUGUGACUCCUGCAAAACCUGUGAGAUUGAUCCUCUUAAGUUAAAGGAAGGCGAUAAUGUUGAGGUGAAUAAGGAAAACCUUCGCCAGUAUGUUGAAAGAGUAUUCACUGUGAUUGUCAGGUCCAGUAUGAGUUGUCCCACAUUAAUGUGUGAGGUGUUUCAUUCACUACAAAACUUGGCAAGGAAGCAAUUUCCAGAUGAUCCCCAUGUGAAGUACUCUGCUGUAAGCAGUUUUGUUUUCCUUAGAUUCUUUGCAGCUGCUAUGGUCUCCCCUCAUAGUUUCCAUCUCCGGCCCCAUCAUCCAGAUGCCCAGACAGCUAGGGUCUUGACCCUAAUUUCCAAAACGAUCCAAACCUUGGGAAGCUGGGGCAGUUUAUCCAAAAACAAACUGUCAAGUUUCAAGGAAUCCUAUAUGUGUGAUUUUUUUAAACUAUUUCCAGAAGAAAAAUGCAUCAAGUCAGUUAAAAAGUUUAUAGAUGAAAUAUCAUCUGCAGAAAGUAAGGAACCCACUGGUGUAGAUGAGCUAGUAAUCCUCAAAGAAGGGGAAGUUAUUAAAAGAGCUCAGGGAAGAAAUCGAAUCCGUAAAGUGCAUAAUUUUAAGAAGCGCUGGCUCCGUUUGACCAACAGAGAGAUCUCUUAUCAUAAACAAUCAGGUAAAGAGUCCCUCUACAGUAUCCUGAUAAAGAACAUUAUUGCAGUUGAGAAACUUGAAGAAAGAUGCUUCAACAGAAAAAAUAUGUUUCAAGUCCUCAGUAUUGAAAAACCUGAAAGACCACUUUACGUUCAAGCCCGUAACUGUGUGGAGGCCAAUGAAUGGAUUGAGAUAAUCACCAGAGUGAGCCGUUCCAAUCCUGAGAGGCUGCGUGUUUACCAUCCUUGUGCUUUUAUAUCUGGAAGCUGGAUUUGUUGCAAAAAUACAGAUGAGAAAGCUGCUGGUUGCACAAGCUGUACUGGGGGUUCUCCAGCAAAUAUCCAGCUAGCUAUUGACUGUGACCGGGAAGCUGAAAGGAUAUUUUCACUGUUUCAUGUCAACCUGCCCAGGCUACAGAAAAUGGAAGAUGCCUGUGGGAGUAUAGAUGUGUAUCAAGGUCCUCAACAGGAACAGGAUGAAUAUGCCCACUUUACUAUUGAAGAUUCAAGAGUCACCUUUAAAACUCUUCAACAAAUAAUCACAGUCGUAAAUAAUUUGGCUACUUUUCACGAACAGUAUCGAAUUAAAAGGUCAACAAGUGCGAUAUAUGGCAGCGAAGAAAAUCCUAUCGGAGCAAAAUAAUCCCAGCUGAAGAGAGAGUAUUAUAGCUGCUGAAGCUAUACAGGAUAAGCCUCUGGAAUUACUUAUUCUUUUAUCACUCCUAUAUUGGUGUAAGUAUUGGAGAGGCUGGUGAGCCUGGUCUUUGGGAGACGUACAGAAUGUUUUACUGAUUACAUUUAUGUGAAGUCCACAAGAGUUCAAUGCACUUUAAUCAUCUGAACUUUCCCAGGUGAUCAUAAUUUAUAUAUUUUUUUAAAAAACUGAUGUUGUUAUCAAUUUUUUCAGAUCAGUUGAAUGAUCCGUUUGGCCAUAACGUGGUUAUUCAUUGUGUCCGUUCUGUGUGUUUCAUUUGAUUUUUGCUGUAUAUUAUGUUGGAAGAUCUGCCAGAAUUUUCUUAAUUCUCAUUAGAUGUUUUUGCAUAGUUUAAAUAUUUUUCUAUCUUUUAGUGAAAAAUGUACCAAGUGGAAGCUGUUAAAUAUUCUAAUACCCCAAGAGUCUGUACUUUCUGCAGAUCACCAGAAUUAUCCAGAUUAUGUUCCAUGGUAAUUGUAAUGCCCUGUCCAUCAUGUACACUUUUAAGUUUUCAUUACGUGGCUUCUUUCAGGGCUCCUUGUGUAGGCUGUGAGCAGGUUGAGCCUUGUUAAUUCCUGCAUAUGCUGCUAUUCAGAGUUGAAUAUCAUGCCAUAUCACUGCUAUCAGCUCAGAAGAUCGUAGCUUUAAUGAUUACUUGAAUAUUUUUGACCGUAGCAUCAAGAACAUAAUAUUUUCUAAAUGUUAAUAGCCUGGAUGAUACGUGGAAGGAAGCUGGUAAUGUUUCAUCUGACACAUUGGAUGUUAAUUAUACAAAUAACGCUUCAUAUUUCCAGGUGCAUCAAUAAACAAAGGUACUAAUAGGACAAUGCAGGUUUGUUGUGAGAUAUUUUAUUUCAGUCAUCAUAAUAGUGGGUAAAUUAUAAAGUUAGCACACACAAGAUCCACUUUUGUGUUUCAUAUCAGUGUCCCAAAGGUCGUGACUAAUGCUGGGGUGUAGGUGUGCAAUCCACCAGCACUACUGCUCAUCCAAGUGAACAUUCUUUUGUUGCAACCCUGAUGAUUUUAAAUGUUUAGUUUCAAUGUACCUUACCUCCUUCCCUGAAAAGAUGAGUUUCAAAAUUUAGGUUAUAUGCGAUGAAGACCCACAGUUAUUUACAUUACCUUACAACAGAAUUAAAUAAUAAGUCACUGUUUCCUUGUCAUGCACAGAUAUGUUGACUAUCUGCCUCCCUGUCCCCCUUUGUGAUUAAGAGCUCUCGUGUAUCCAGUUCAGUAUCUGCUUCCCAAGAAUAAACAUAUUUAUAUUUUUUCAUUCAUUCAGAAGACAGCUGUUGGUUGACAGUUGAUUCAGUCUUUUAAUUUGAUUGGGGAUGUUCUCUCAGUAAAAUCCAAAAUUCAUAAAUUUCUUCUUGUGCAUUAUUCCUGUACAAUGUAUGUUGGUAGAGUAGAUCUUCAAGGUAGACAUGUAGCUAAGCCCAGUAUCAUGGUGGCACAGUGGUUAGCACUGUUGUCGCACAGUGGUUAGCACUGUUGUCUCACAGUGCCAGAGACCCGGG